CUUUCUUUGUGCUCAUUUGGUAGCGAUGAACUCACGCGCCUGAUCACGCGCUUGGCCUCCGACGCGAUGCAGAAACGCCAUCGGUUCCUGGCAGUCUGUGUGCUGGCAGCUUUCGGCCAGGUCUCGAAGACCUACCUCGGCUCGUUCCGGAGAACGUCACUCGGGGUGGAGACACUUCGAGAGACGUCCCGAACGCGUCCGUCCUCAGUGCCGCGCCGUCAGGCCGCCUUUGACUCCGUGGCAGAGAUGGCCAGCGAUGCCGUGGAGAAUGCGGCCGCAUCAGACCUCCUGGCCAUCCUGGGUGGCUCUUUGAGCUGGAUCUAUGUCUUCCUCCUGGGCGGCCUGACCCUCGUGGCUGGCCUUGGUCAGAUCUUUCAGAUGGAACAGGAAGAUGAGUUUCCAGGUGUUCGCUUUGGUCUGGGCGACCGUGUGGCUGCCGAGGCCUUGAAGCGCCGAGAGGAGCUGGAGGAAGGUGUGGAGAUUGUCGAGGAUGAAGCGGGCGACGACUUUCGCCAGGAGGUGGUGGACGCGGAAGCGCGCGGCUGGAAGCCUCAGUCUGAGCGUUUUAUGAUGCACCAGCAAUA